AAUCUAUAUACUUUCUUGUCUAUAUCAAAUGUGUGUUCUGUUUAUUUUUUGAUCAAUAUUAUAAGAUUCAAAUAUCUUUUUUGACGUUUCAGAUUGAAAGCUAAUUUUUCUACAAUUAAAAUGCCAUGUGAAAUGAUAACACUUCAACUUGGCCAAUGUGGCAAUCAAAUUGGAUUUGAAUUUUGGAAAAGAUUAUGUGCAGAGCAUGGCAUCAGUCCAGAAGGAAUUUUAGAAGAUUAUGCUAUAGAUGGAACCGACAGAAAAGAUGUAUUUUUUUAUCAAUCAGAUGAUGAACAUUAUAUACCAAGAGCUGUAUUAUUAGAUUUAGAACCUAGAGUAAUUCAUACCAUUAUGAAUUCUCCAUAUUCAAAACUCUAUAAUCCAGAAAAUAUAUAUUUAUCGAAACAUGGUGGAGGAGCUGGUAACAAUUGGGCUUCUGGCUAUCAUCAAGGAGAAAAAUUACAAGAAGAAAUUUUUGAUAUUUUAGAUAGAGAAGCAGAUGGAAGUGAUAGUUUAGAGGGUUUUGUUUUUUGUCAUUCUAUAGCAGGCGGUACUGGUUCUGGUAUGGGAUCUUUUAUGUUGGAAUCUCUUGCUGACAGAUUUCCAAAAAAAUUGAUCGAAACAUAUAGCGUUUUUCCAAAUCAGGAUGAAAUAAGCGAUGUUGUGGUACAGCCAUACAAUUCUUUACUAACGCUAAAAAGAUUAACUCAUUGCGCGGAUUGUGUUGUCGUCUUGGACAAUACAGCUUUGAAUAGAAUUGCAUCAGACAGAUUGCAUAUACAGAAUCCUACUUUCACACAAAUUAACAAACUUGUAUCUACAAUAAUGUCUGUUAGCACCACAACGCUUAGGUACCCUUCAUAUAUGAAUAAUGAUUUAGUUAGCUUAAUUGCUCCAUUGAUACCAACACCACGUCUACACUUUUUAAUGACAGGAUAUACACCUAUUACUACAGACCAGGAGGGUGCAUCUGUAAGGAAAACAUCUGUUUUGGAUGUGAUGCGACGUUUACUGCAACCAAAGAACAUGAUGGUUUCUGCUGCAUUAGAUAGAAAUGCUGCUCACUGCUACAUAUCUAUUUUAAACAUUAUACAGGGUGAAGUCGAUCCCACACAAGUGCAUAAAUCUUUGCAAAGAAUAAGAGAACGAAAGUUAGCACAAUUUAUACCAUGGGGACCUGCUAGUAUACAAGUUGCUCUUUCUAGAAAAUCACCAUAUAUACAAAGUACACAUCGUGUAUCAGGUUUAAUGUUAGCCAAUCAUACUAACAUAUCAUCGCUUUUUGAUCGAGCAUUACAACAGUAUGACAAAUUACGUAAACGAGAAGCGUUCUUAGAACAGUUUAGAAAAGAAAAAAUGUUUGAAGAAAAUCUUGACGAACUGGAUAGUUCAAGAGCUGUUGUUGAAAAUUUAGUAAAAGAAUAUCAAGCAGCAACUAAACUCGAUUACUUAACGUGGAGUCCAACUAAAGAACAAUAAAAAUGCAUAAGCUAUUUAAUGCGUAGCAUAUUUCACACAACCUCCUUUUCUUUUUUGAUAAUUUUAUAUUAAUACAAUGUUCUGCGUAUAUUUUUGUGCCAUACACUAUUCCAUUGCAAACUUUAAUACAGUUGUUCUGAGAUCAUUAAUUAUCUAAUGAAGUAUUAACAUAGUUUUAUAUUAUAUAUAUUAUAUAUGAACCAGUUAGUUUAAGUUCGCUAUAUUUUCUAUGCGAGUUGUUAUAAUAAUAAAAAACGUCAUUUUAAUAAAUAAAAUUGUAUGUGAUUCAUACAAAGUACAAAACACAAAAAACAUUCGAUUUAAUAUUAUAAUAUGUUAUUUGAAUUCCGUUUUAUGAAAUGAAAAAAUUUAUUUACUAAAAUAAAAACAUGUUACAUAUGUUUUGUAAUUAACAUUACAUAGUGGAAGAGCAAAUAAUAUUAAUUAUGAUAUAAUUUAUUUAUAAACUUGUCGAACAAUAUCUUUAUAUUUUAUAUAUACUUUGCAACAUAAAAUAUUGUAAUGAGAAUAUUUAAAUUUAUAUUUGCAAAUCUAACUUUAAUGUCAUAUUCCAUUGAACAAUAUUAACACACCAUAUAUAUGUAUGUAUGUAUAUAUAUAUACGAAGAAAAAUGAGAUCGUAGUUUAAUGAAAUAAUAAUAAAACUGAAAAAUUCAUUUGUAUAGAGAUUGACCACGUAUAGUAUCUUUGUAUGUAUAUAUAUAGUAUUACAUUUAUUAAUACAUAUUAAAAGAUUCUAAAGAGAUUAGAGGAGUACAAAUUUAGACCCAUGCUGCAACACAUAAUGUUUACAUAUUAAAUACAAUGAUAGAUAUUUUAUUGAAUAAAUCAUUUGUUCUUGUAUGUGAUGUAUUAUUUUUUAAGAAGUUUAACUUUAGUAAGUGUUCUAGAGUUAGUGCCCUCCAUGGUUGAGUUUAGUUUUAACAUUAUAAUUUAUUCAAAUGCAAAUAAUUUAAUAUGGUAAAAUAUAUAUGUAUAUAUAUAAUAAUGACAAUUCUUUUUCAUGCUAUAAAAUUAAUAAGAAUAGCAAUAUAGUAUUUAUCUUAUAAACUCUCUAUACAGCUAACAAUCCGUUUAUAUAAAAAUAAAAUAUUUUUGUUUUUUUAGCAACAAGUGCUAUAUUAUAUAUAUUAAAUAAUAAUAAAUUAUUCUCAUAUAUUUCAUUUCAGAUGUAAACCAAAGUUUCAUUAUCAAAUCAGUAUUAUAAUUUUAAAUAAUUUAUAUGAAUUAACGAGAUAAAUGAAAAUAGUUAAUUAUUAUAUUAACUUUAUAAUAAAUUAAGAUCAUUUGUUAUCUUUUAAGCUUUGAUUUUAAUAUAUUCAAUAAUUUAAACAAUAGACAUUACAAUCUUUGAAAAUUGUUUAAAUAAUUGUAAGUAUAUAAAAUAAAUGUACGAAGUAAAUAUUAUACUAAGCUUUGACUAGUUAUUUUUCUUUUUUGGUAAUAUAAUAACUUAAAAAAUAAGUUUCAAAAAUAUUCUUUUCUAUUUCAUGGCAUUAGUUAUUAGUUUCAGGAAUAUAGGGAAUAUUUGUGAAAAAUAGAGCUCUGCAAAAUUACAAGCUUGUUAAAAAAA